AUGGAAGCUGCACAUUUUCUCGAAGGGACCGAGAAGCUGCUGGAGGUUUGGUUCUCCAGGCAGCAACCCGACGCAAACCAAGGAUCUGGGGAUCUUCGCACCAUCCCAAGAUCCGAUAGCAUGUUUGUCUCCAAGAGACGUUUCAUUUUGAAGACAUGUGGUACCACCCUCUUGCUGAAAGCACUGGUUCCCCUGUUGAAACUUGCUAGGGAUUACAGUGGGUUUGACUCAAUUCAAAGCUUCUUUUAUUCUUGUAAGAAUUUCAUGGAGCCUUCUCACCAAGGGUGCCCACACCGGAAUUUCCAGGAAGAAAUAGAGUUUCUUAAUGCAAUUUUCCCAAAUGGAGCAGCAUCUUGUAUGGGACGCAUGAAUUCUGAUUGUUGGUACUUGUGUAUUUUGGAUUUCCCAGAGAGUCGGGUAAUCGAUCAGCCAGAUCAAACCCUGGAAAUUCUGAUGAGUGAGCUUGACCCAGCAAUUAUGGACCAGUUCUACAUGAAAGGUGGUGUUACUGCAAAGGAUGUCACUCGUGAGAGUGGAAUUCGUGACCUGAUACCAGGUUCUGUCAUUGAUGCCACACCGUUCAAUCCUUGUGGGCAUUCAAUGAAUGGAAUGAAAUCGGAUGGAACUUAUUGGACUAUUCACAUCACUCCAGAACCAGAAUUUUCUUAUGUUAGCUUUGAAACAAACUUAAGUCAGACCUCCUAUGAUGACCUGAUCAGGAAAGUUGUGGAAGUCUUCAAGCCAGGAAAAUUUGUGACCACCCUGUUUGUAAAUCAGAGUUCUAAAUGUUGCACAGUGCUUUCUUCACCCCAGAAUAUUGAAGGUUUUAAACGUCUUGAUUGCCAGAGAGCUAUGUUCAAUGAUUACAAUUUUGUUUUUACCAGUUUUGCUAAGAAGCAGCAACAACAGCAGAGUUGA